AUGACGAUCUCUAGGAUUGCCAAAUAUGCACGCCUGAUGUUGAUGCUCGAAGAGAUUAUGGUAGUUUACCGAGAAGAGACCAGUCUACUGGUACGUAGAUAUAUGAGUGCGCGUAGCAGAGAUUAUGUAGCUAAUCUUCGUAUGGAUGUAAAUACCUUCGGUAAACUGUGUAAAAUUUUAUCCCAAAGGGGUGGGCUGAUAACAGGGAAGUCCCUGCCCGUUGACGAACAAGUAGCAAUAUUCCUGGGAGUUCUAGCACACCACAACAAAAACCGCGUGGUUAAAUUCAGGUUCAAACGAUCAGGUGCAACAGUUUCAUACUAUAUGCAGAAGGUUCUAUGUGCAGUAUUGAGCUUACAUGAAGAGCUCUUGCAGAAGCCCACCCCUGUAUCAGCCAACUGCACUGAUCAUAGAUGGAGGUGGUUCGAGGGAUGCCUUGGUGCUUUGGAUGGGACCCAUAUCGAUGUUUUGGUCAGCAAUGAAGACAAACCACGAUACCAAACUCGCAAAUGGCACAUUGCUACUAAUACCCUAGCGGUAUGCGAUCGCCAAAUGCAGUUCGUGUAUUUGUUGCCGAGGUGGGAAGGUUCAGCAGGCGACUCACGUGUUCUCAAAGACGCUUUUUCUCAAGAGAAUGGGUUCAAGGUUCCUCCAGGUCAGUAA